UCUUUCUCCUUUUGCUGUUUCAGGGUGCGUUCACACUUGUCAUGUUUGGUUCGAUUAAAACGAACUCCGGUGAGAUUCUGUUAGUGCGGUUCAUUUGAAAAUGUGUGAACGCUGCCAUCCGAAUCUUGGUGCGCACCAAACAAGCGGACCGAGACCGCUGAAAAGAUGGGUCUUGGAACGCUUCCAAACGAACUCUGGUGAAGUCUCAAAUGAUAUAUGAACACAACAUGGACCAAAGACAUGUAAAUGAACCAAAAACAGGAAGAUGAGACCCUAAAAAGGACAGAAUACUCACGCAUAUCGGUUUUUCUCGCCAUAGUUGUGAGUUUGCCCAUCACAGGCAUCAGACGGCGUCUCCACACAGCAGAUCAUUUGUGUGUGUGACGGAGGGAUUCCCGCCGCUAUUUUGACUCCUUUACACAUUUUAUAAGCUCUUCACAUCCCUGGCUGGCCAAAAUACCAUCAUAUGCAGGCUACGAACACACAACGAGCACAGCAUUGUUUUGGAUGUUCAGAAAGUUCUGUCUCAAAAUAGGCAAUACGUUAUAAAAUCCGACCAAUCAGUCCGGACCAAACAAACCGAACUACAAGUGUGACCGAACUUCUCUGUUAGUGGAACUGUAGCUACAGUUGAACUGUCACUUCCGCACAAAACAACUUAUUAAACAGCUCUAUUGACUGAGGUCCCGUGAUGGUCUACUCUGGUCUAUAUCUACUGACUCGAAAUCUGCACACUCUACAGGACAAACACACAGAAAAACUCCUGGUGAAGAUCCACGUGACACUAUUAUAAAGAUGAAGUUUAUUAAAGAGGAGAGCGUAGACAUGAAGAUUGAAGAAGCAUUCAGUGUGAAACAUGGUAAUACUGAGGAACAAACAAAGAUGGUGUUUAUUAAAGAGGAGAGUAAUGAGAUGAGGAUUAAAGAAACUUUCAGUAUGAAACAAGAUGAUAAUGAGGAACAAACAGACCCGAUGGCACUCAAAGAAAAGAAUCAAGAACUGAAUGAAAAAGAAGAGAAAGAUCAAUAUAAGAGACAUGAUUUCAUGGAUGUAGAAAAAUCUAUACAGACUGAAACAACUCCACUAAAUAAAGUUCAGAAGACUGAAUCUAACAGUGACUUCACCUGCCCGCAUUGUGGAAAGAAAAUCACUACGAAACAUAACCUUAAAAGGCACAUAAAAAUUCACACUGGAGAGAAGCCUUUCACAUGUCAACAGUGUGGAAAGAGUUUCAUUCAGAAAACAAGCCUUGAUUUUCACAUGAUGAGUCACACUGGAGAGAAGCUGUUCACAUGUGAUUAUUGUGGAAAGAGAUUUGCACGUAAACUAAACCUUACAUGCCACGAAAAGACAAAACACUCAGACCUGAUGGCACUGGAAAAACAGAAUCAACAACUGAAAGAAAAAGAAGAGAAAGAUCGAUAUGAAAAAUCUGUGCAGACUGAAACAACUUCAUCACGAAAAAGAGUUCAGAAGACUGAAUCUAACAGUGUCUUCACCUGCUCUCAGUGUGGAAAGACUUGCAAUCAUAAACAAAACCUUAAAGUGCACAUGAGAACUCACACUGGAGAGAGGCCUUACACAUGCCAACAGUGUGGAAAGAGCUUUACUGAAAAAGGAAACCUUAAUUCCCACAUGAGAAUUCACACUGGAGAGAAACCAUUUAAAUGUGAUCAGUGUGGGAAGAGUUUCAGACAAAAAAUUCAAGUUGAUUCCCACAUGAGAGUUCACACUGGAGAGAAGCCGUUCAAAUGUGACCAGUGUGGGAAGAGUUUUAAACAAAAAAUGCAACUUUAUUCCCACAUGAAGAAAGAACACUCGGGAGAGAACGAUUUAAGUUGUAACAUAAGCCUCAACACUUUUAUAAAAAGUUGCACUGCAGAGAAGCAGUUCACCUGCAAACAGUGUGGGAAGACUUGCAAUCAUAAACAAAACCUUAAAGUGCACAUGAGAACUCACACUGGAGAGAGGCCUUACACAUGCCAACAGUGUGGAAAAAGCUUCGUUCACAAAGGAAGCCUUAAUUCUCACAUGAGAAUUCACACUGGAGAGAAGCCAUUUAAAUGUGGUCAGUGUGGGAAGAGUUUCAGACAAAAAAUUCAAGUUGAUUCCCACAUGAGAGUUCACACUGGAGAGAAGCCGUUCAAAUGUGACCAGUGUGGGAAGAGUUUCAAACAAAAAAUGCAACUUUAUUCCCACAUGAAGAAAGAACACUCGGGAGAGAACGAUUUAAGUUGUAAAAUAAGCCUCAACACUUUUAUGAAACGUCGCACUGCAGAGAAGCAGUUCACCUGCAAACAGUGUGGGAAGAACUUCUCAUAUAAAGCACAACUUGAUUCCCACAUGAGACGUCACACUGGAGAGAAGCCUUUCACAUGUGAUCAGUGUGGGACUCGCUUCACGCACAAAGGAGGUCUUAAAAAUCACAUGACAAUUCACACUGGGGAGAAGCCAUUCACAUGUGAUCAGUGUGGAAAGAGUUUCAGACUUAAAUCAACCCUUGAUGCACACCUGAUAAGUCACAGUGAUGACACUCCUUACACCUGCAAACAGUGUGGGAAGAGCUUCGCAUAUGAAAAAACAUUUUUAGACCACAUGAGAAUUCACAAUCCUGAGAACCCAUACGUCUGCAAACAGUGUGGGAAGAGAUGCUCAAACAAAGCAAAUCUUAAGGCUCACAUGACAACUCACACAGGAGAGAAGCCAUUUGUGUGUCUUGAGUGUGGAAAAUGUUUUACACGGGAAACAACCCUUACUUUCCACAUGAGGCUUCACACAAGAGAAAACUGUUCUAUUUGUCAACAGUGUGGAAAGAUUUUCAGUCAGAAAAUAGCACUUGACAUUCACACAAGGCUUCACACCGGAGAGAAACCUUUCAAGUGUCUUCAGUGUAAGGAGAGUUUCACAUAUAAAAGAGACCUGAAACGUCACGUGGAAAACUCUUGCGGAAAGAAGUCGCAGUGCUCUGAGAGUGGAAAGAGGCUUCGAAAAAGGAGAAAUAUCAAAAAUGUUCAACACAUUCAAUCUGAAGAAAGACUAUUUAGUUGUGAUCAGUGUAAUAAAAAAUUUCUUUUGCCAUCACACUUACAGAUACACCAGAAAGGUCAUGCAGAUGUGAGACCACAUUUGUGUUCGUCGUGUGGAAAGAGAUUUAAGUGGCUCGGCGGUUUAAAAUGGCACCAGAAAAUUCGUAUCUGUGUGAAAGUAAGGCUACGGUCACGCCACAGCUGAAUGUGGCCCAAAUGUGAUUGUCCACCUUAAUGACCAUUUGCAGCCUUUACCUCUUUAUAAUUUUGACUUGUUUGGCUUUUUAUUUUUUCUUAUACAUAUAAACUCCUGUAGCUGCACCAUUUACUUUUCUUUAGUUCAGUUGUUCUUUUUUUUGUCCUUUGUGAAUAUGAAAUUCAUCUUUGAAACUUUUUUCACAGAUUUUUACAGUCAUAAACAAAUAUAUUACA